UGGCGGCCGGGCACGAGCCGCCCAACCCUCCUCGUCGCCGCCGCCGUCGCCGGAGUCGCUGGGACCUUUACGUCUGCGUGUGUUAGUUGUGAGCCCGCUGCCCGCCCGCCAGUUCUCCGGCCCAACUGCCCUUCUUCCUUUCACCGCCACUGCCAGCCUGAGGGUCGGGCCAACCGGAAAACUCCCACCCCACCCACCAGCUCUCGGGCAGGGACCAUGGAGGACAUGAAGCUGGAGUUCCCGUCGCUCCCACAGUGCAAAGACGACGCCGAGGAAUGGACCUACCCUAUGAGACGAGAGAUGCAGGAAAUUUUACCUGGAUUGUUUUUAGGCCCAUAUUCUUCUGCUAUGAAAAGCAAGCUACCUAUACUACAGAAACAUGGAAUAACCCAUAUAAUAUGCAUAAGACAAAAUAUCGAAGCAAACUUUAUAAAACCAAACUUUCAACAGUUAUUUAGAUAUUUAGUCUUGGAUAUUGCAGAUAAUCCAGUUGAAAAUAUAAUACGUUUUUUUCCCAUGACUAAAGAAUUUAUUGAUGGGAGCUUACAAACUGGAGGAAAAGUUCUUGUCCAUGGAAAUGCAGGGAUCUCCAGGAGUGCUGCCUUUGUUAUUGCAUACAUUAUGGAAACAUUUGGAAUGAAGUACAGAGAUGCAUUUGCUUAUGUUCAAGAAAGAAGAUUUUGCAUUAAUCCUAAUGCUGGAUUUGUCCAUCAACUUCAGGAAUAUGAAGCCAUCUACCUAGCAAAAUUAACAAUACAGAUGAUGUCGCCACUCCAGAUAGAAAGGUCAUUAUCUGUUCAUUCUGGCACCACAGGCAGUUUGAAGAGAACACAUGAAGAAGAAGAAGAUUUUGGAAACAUGCAAGUGGCAACUGCACAGAAUGGUUGACUCAAGAGCAACAUUAAAGAGGAUGUGAAUUUCUAUUUGGAAAAAGAAGAUACUAGAGACAAUAAUAAUGUAAAAUGGUAAAAACACAUGUAGUUUUUUUUUUCCAAUUAUAUGUUGCUUCCAGAUUGUUUCUCUGCAAUUUGACGAGCAACAUUUUAAGAUGUUGGACUUUUUCAGUAGGUGGCACUGAUGGUUUUACUUUUUUUUUGUUUUUUUUUUUUAACUUUACAGUUUUAUUAUAAACCAAGAAUUUUGGACUUGCAGAGAGGUAUUAUUGCAAUAAUGCACUUUUCAUACUUGAAAUUUAUUUGUAUGAUAUAAAGUUAUUACUUUAAACAAAAUGCAAGUUAGGGGGUAUUUGUUAAAUCUGAGUAAUUUAUAAGAAGAAUUUCCUAAAGUUUGCUAAAAAUUCAUUUGUGUUCUAUAAAUUACAUUUUAACAAUAAUUUUACACUUCAAUUUUGUGGAGCCUCUUACAGAAACAUUAACAAAUGCAGGACUCUGCCUCAUUUCCUUUUUAGUAUAGUUCAAUAGCUGAAUUUCCCUUUUAUUUUUAAAAACUCCUUAAUAUAAAAUCAUGAUGUUAGCUAACUAUCCUUACUUUAACAUGGUCCAAGUAUUUCUUCCUAUUACCUUCCUACUUUGUUUAUUCUAUAGGAAAAAACUUCAAAGUUUAAUGAGCAGAGAAGAUAUUUUGUUUUUUAAUACCAGGUCUUCAAAAAACAGUUGUAGAUUUUCAGGUGGCUUUCUUUUUUGCAUUUCUUAAAAGCCAAAUGUUGUGUUUUUUCUUUUUAGGGUUGUUUAUAGAUUCUUUUCCCCGUGGUUCCAAAAUGGUUCUAAGUGAACUAUGAUAAACGUAUGUAGCACUAUUUUUUUCCUAAAUGAAGCCCAAAAAAGAAAAGUGCCUUGUAUCAUUAAAAUAAAUAAAUCCUAUGACCUCUAAAUUAGUAUGUAGGACAGUUAAGUUCUUUAACACUUUUUGUAUCUUUUUAAAACCAUCAUUUAAUUUAAAUAGAGUAUAAGGUUUAAAGACACCUCAGUAAAUUAUUUGGAAUAUUAAACACUUCAUCUUAGGCUGUCUUAAUGAUUCUGUGAGGUUGUUCUGGCUCAGAACGAAGCUGUUCUUUGAAAAUGCAUUUAUUGGGGAAAGUGGUUUGUGGGAGACUUUAGUGUGUCAUAAAUUAGUAUUUUUAAUAAUUUCUUUACACUGAAUUAAUCUAAAUUUCCCCCAUAAUUUGCAUUAGCAAAGUCACUUUAUGGACCUUUGGUUUUCCGUUUUUAUUUAUACAUGUAAAAAAAGGUUCUAAGAAAAACAUUUUUGCUGUUUUUAGUAUGAUGUGAGGAAGGAGAGGAGUUAUUUUUAACUUUUAUAGGUGAUUUGGAGUAGCACAAACAAACUCCCUUCUGUCUCACUUUUCUCAAUCCUCUCUUGAGGUGCUUUACUGUUGGGGAUGAUUUCCAUACAUUCCCCUGGUACCCAAAGGUACUAUUCUAGGUAACCUAUUACAUCAAGUUACUUGCUUUGCUUUCCUCCCUAAGCUGUAAAAAUAAAAUAAAAGCUUCCCCCCACCACCAUCUCUACCCCCAGCAUAGUGGAAGUCAAAGUGAAUUAAACUUUGUUAAUUCCUGUUGACCCAGGAAAUCUGAUUUCCCUUUCCUUCUCAUUUUACCACCAGGAAAAGAGCAUAUUGUUAAUCCCAUUGUGGUCUGGUAUUCUGUUGUGUGAUUAGGUUAUUUGGUAUGGUGGUCUAAGUAGAGUCAAAAUUUGCAGUGUGUUCAGAAUUGCAAGUGCCAGAUAACAGAAUUCUCCUGUAUAUAGAUCAGCAAAGAUCUCUCUUGCAUUUUUAUGUAGUCUAUGAAGCUUCAUUCAGCAGAAACUGUUUAAGAAAAUCUUCACAAUACUACAUUAAGGUUUUUUAAUGAGACAGUUAAGAUUUUUAAAAUUAGUUUAAUAUAUAUCCUCUCUAGUAAUCUAAAAAUACAGAUUUGGUUAUUUAAUUUAUAACUGGUAAUUUUCCACUUUUUCUAACCACUAUAAUUUUUAUGUUAUCACUAAAGUGCCUGCCCAGCACUAUAUAUUAAAGACCAUCUUUCACAAACAUUAGGAAAAGGGACUAUCAUAUUCUUGAGUACAUUAUUAAUAUGGACAAAAUAUGGUUUAUUCUUUUUUAAAAUAAGGAUAUUGCAAGUUUGUUUUAUCUUCGGUUUAUUCUUCCACCUGAUGUUCAACUAGUUCUGCUAGCUCUUAGCUACUUUUCUGUUUGGUUCCUUUUUUGUAAUUCCUUUAUUUCUGCUGAUGUUUGUGACUGUUAACUACAAUCAUUUAACCAAUCAUGAUUUACUUUCUAAGAUAUCUGAAUAAUGUAUGAAUGAUGUAGCAUCUAAUUUUAAGCAUUAAGUUGAAUCUGGGCACAAAACUUAAAGUGAAAUUGCAUCAAAACAUAGGAAAAUUGCUUUACUGCCAAUUUGAAAGUAUCUAAUUUAAAUAUUCAAACUGGAAUGGCAGUAUUCUUAUUUUACUUAACUGGUUUAUCUUAAUUUUAUAUCUAUUAAAUGUUUAAACAGCAGUUACUUUUAUUUUAAUCUACUACACAAUGGUGGAAAUGUUGAACUAACGUAAUAGCUUCUGCUACCAACUCUAAACCAUUUAACUUCUAGAGCAGAAUGUUUGUUUUGAGGGUAUUUUGUGCUUCAUCUGAGUUUAGAAGUAAUGUCAGAAAAUGUAAGCAUGUCCUUUUUAAGAAAAUAUAAGGUUUAUAAUUGUCUUAUUACCAUGGUAAUUCAAGUGACUUAGAAGUACUUAACUGCAGUCUUGAAUUAUAAAGUUGGGGUAUAAAGAUAUAUAUCUUGGGAUCUCAACUUGAUGUAAAGUAAAUGAGCAGUUACCUGGCGGAUUUUUUUUUUUUAAAUAACUGUUUUAAACCAUAAUUCCAUUACAUACUUAGCUUCACUUCAAUAUUUAUUUUAUCGUUGUCCAUUCAACAAUGCUCCAGUGAAGAAAUGAUAGGAAAUAGCUGAGAAUUACUAAAUGACUUUUUUUAUUGAUUAGAAAAAUAAGUUUCUAGGGUCUUUGAAUGCUGGAUUUCUUUUUCUUUUUUUUUUUUUGUCUUACCCAUUCAUGGCAGCUAAAAAAAAAAUCACUCAAAAUAUUCAGGUUUACAUGUUAGCUCUCUCUCGUAGGGAGUUGCCAUACCUCACAGUUCAAAGUGUAUUCUAUAGAUCAGUAACAUUAUACUGACAUGUAAUUGCAAUUUACUAUGCAGCAAAAAUGAUUCAAGAAAAAUAACCUACAGUGUCUGUUACCUUUGUAUAGGCAAUGCUUAAGUUACUCUGCUUUUAACAUUUGUACUUGGAUAAAAUGCUUAUGUCUGUAUAGGAAUGUCACAGUGCAAGAUGCUGCUAGCCCAGGCACAAAGUAUUAAAAUUAUUUUGUAAAGAUUGGUGGUUGUAUUAAAACUGUUGUGCCAUUGU